GUCAUACCGAAACUUUAUUUUAGGAAAUCAAUGUCAUAUCUUAUUAAGUAAACGAACAAACUAAAACAAAACGCAUCAAAUGGAAGUCGACGAAGAAGAGUUCGAGGUUCCCUCCAGCAGCAGCAAAGGCGAAAAGAAGCGUUUCGAGGUUAAAAAGUGGAAUGCCGUGGCACUCUGGGCGUGGGAUAUCGUUGUGGACAACUGCGCUAUCUGCCGGAAUCAUAUAAUGGACUUAUGCAUCGAGUGCCAGGCAAAUCAGGCAUCCGCCACCAGCGAGGAGUGCACCGUCGCCUGGGGCGUCUGCAAUCAUGCCUUUCAUUUCCAUUGCAUUUCACGUUGGCUAAAGACGCGUCAGGUUUGCCCGCUGGACAACCGCGAAUGGGACUUCCAAAAGUACGGACACUAAUACCGGCAACACAAUCAACCAAAACGUCCACACCACACAGCACACACACAGCAUACACACAUAGACACACACAGACAGGCUGUCGCCAGUACAUUUAUCAGAAUCGGCUUACUGGAGCGUUCAUAUUGCCGGAUAGUAACUGUAUCCUGACACUCGAUGCACAUACACCUAUGCGUACCGUACACAAGCACAUUAAUCUAUAUUAUGUGAUUAGGUUAAAAUACACGAGUUUAUGUUAAGUUCGAGGCUCGUCAUAAAUAAAAUCGCGUGUUUUACACAAAAGA